AUGGUCAUUAAGCCAUCCCUUCAUAUGAAUAGUCCAGAUCAAACAAUAAUCAACGGAAAUGAACAAGAAAAAUUUGUUGAACAUCUAAAUCAACGACUCAUCUAUGAUAGAGAAAAACGAAAGCGCACACGAGAUUAUGCGACAAUACUGAAGCAAUAUAAUACACCAAAAUAUGUUUAUACACCACCGAAAUCGAUCUAUUAUUAUGAUCAUACUGUACAAAAGCAAAGAAAACUAGCAGAUCAAAGACCUCCCUUCCCGUCACAAAAAGUUCUUCCGCCUAGUCCGGUUCGAAUUCAAAAAUUACCUUUAACACCCAGAACUGAUUAUUGGCUCGGUUUAUGUCAACCAUCAAUCCAUUUGAAAGAAAGAGGAAAAGAUAAAACAAAUUCAAUUUCAACGAAAACCACAAAAGAUCCGUCAAGCACAACUCCUCCUCCUCUAGUGACACAACAUUUGGUAUCUGAUUUAAAUAGUAACGGAGAAGAGAAUCAAUCACGAAAUGAUUUUUCCCACCAUGCAUCAUCAUCAUCUGUUGUUGAUCGUAUUUUGACAACAUCAAAUUUAAAUCAUAAACCUAAAACCUUUAAUCGUUUGCCAUUAGUGAAAUCAAACAACAAAAUUAAUAUAACUAAUAUAAACAAUACCAGUGUGAGUUAUUAUACUCCAUCAUCAAGUAGAGUCCCAUCUAUUGUCCGACCAGAUAGUUUAUUCGACUGCCAAACGCUAAUAGCUGAUGGGAAAAAAGUAUUAGAUACCCGUUCUCAUGAGAACAUGAGACAACAACAAAUAAUGAAAAAUAAAAAACAGAUUGUUGUACCUUCUUGA